GGGACGCCUGCCAUUGAGAGUGACGUCAGAACACCGCUCAUCAGCUGAUUGAAUCAAAGCAACGUUCAUAACGUUUGAUUAUAGCUGUCAGAGGACCAAGCACCACUCCUGGCAAUUCGGGAUAUUCAGAUCGUAUAUAAUUGUCAUGAGUCAGUUGGAUUUGUCAGCAUGGAUAAGAUUUUGGAGGCCCUCGUCUGCUCCAACCACACUGUCCCAGUAAAGAAGGCCAUCGUGAAGAAGGUAGUGGAGGCAGCAGAAAAGGAGGUCACGUCAGAGCAAUGCAAAGCCCUUUUUACCCUCACAGCCCGCCUCAUCCUUCUGGGAGAGGAUGCCUUCCAGAAACAGGUGGGCUUCCAGGUGAUGGAGGCCUACGCCCGUUAUCACCGCACAGAGUUCCAGCUCUUCUUCACUAAAGACUAUGUCCUGGGCCUGCUGCAGCAGGGCUAUGACCGACUGGAGUGUAAAGAUCCAGCCAUCAUCGAUUACAUCCACUGCUGCCUGAGGCUGCUCAUCAGCUGUCCCUCCGUGCUGGAGAUCUUCGCUGUCCUCCAAGUGGAGCUCUUGAGGAUGGUGUGUGAGCGACCCAAGCCCGCCCUGUGUGCCCGCAUCAGCACGUUGCUCUCGGAUUUUGUCCAGUGCAUCCCAAGGGAGAAGUCUGCUGUGUUGUUCUGCCAGCAGCUGGUCAGGACCAUCAGCUAUUUCCACUGCCCGGCAAGUCAGGAGCGGGAGCUUAGGGAGUAUGUGGGUCAGGUGACCAAGGUUAGCACACUGCUGCAGAACAUCUGGAAAGCAGAGCCGGCUACGCUGCUACCCUCGCUACAGGAGGUGUUCGCCAUCAUAUCAUCCACAGAUCCCUCCUUUGACCCGGCGAUUUCCCUGGCCAGUCUUGUGCAGCAUAUCCCCCUGCAGAUGAUCACUGUGCUCAUCAAGAGCCUCACCACUGACCAGAAUGUCAAGGAUGCAAGCAUGACCAAGGCCCUCUGCAGAAUGAUAGACUGGCUCUCGUGGCCCCUGGCUCAACACAUUGACACCUGGGUGAUUGCUCUGCUCAAAGGGCUGGCUGCAGUACAGAAGUUCACCAUCCUCAUAGACGUCACCCUGCUGAAGAUCGAGCUGGUGUUGAACCGGCUGUGGUAUCCCAUCGUACGGCAAGGGGCCUUGGUGGUUCUCUCCCACAUGCUGCUCAGCUUCCAGCACUCUCCUGAAGCCUUCCAUCUGGUGGUUCCCCACGUGGUAAACCUGGUACAGACCAUACGGGCCGAUGGUCUGUCCACCAGCAAGGCCUUCCUGCUGCAGCUCACCGAGCUCAUCCACUGCAUGAUGUACCAGUACUCUGGCUUCCCUGAUCUCUAUGACAACAUACUGGAGGCCAUCAAGGAUCUACCAAUGCCUGCCGAGGACAAGAUUAAGGUGGUCCUAAAUCAAAGUGCCUGGACAUCCCAGUCCAACUCCUUUGCUUCUGGUGUCCUGAGGCAGGCUGGGAAGUCUGAGACCGGGAAGACCGGUCUGAUCAACUUGGGGAACACCUGCUACAUGAACAGCAUCAUCCAGACCCUCUUCAUGGCCACUGACUUCAGGAGACACGUCCUGUCUCUCCAUCUCAGCGGUACCAACAUGCUGAUGAAGAAGCUGCAGCUGCUCUUCGCCUUCCUCUCCCACACACAGAGGGCAGCGUACCCGCCCAGGAACUUCUUCGAGGCUUCCCGCCCCCCGUGGUUCAACGCAGGCUCCCAGCAGGACUGCUCCGAAUAUCUACGCUUCCUCCUCGACAGGUUACACGAAGAGGAGAAGACGCUUCAGAUCCUGCAGUCGGCAAAGCCAAUGAACGGCCUUCUGGGCCUGGCUCCUUCAGAGGACGCCAAGGAGCCCCGUUUCCCUGCGGAGGACGCCCGACCCCCGGAGGACAGCAGCACUCUGAUCGAGAGGAUGUUCGGCGGCCGGCUGAGCACAGGCGUCCGCUGCACGCAGUGCAACAGCAUCUCCCAGAAGGAGGAGCCCUUCACCGACCUCUCCCUGGCCUUCUGCCCGUCCUCCGCCACCACCACCACCCCUUCCCAGAAGACCCCCUCCGAGGAGCCCAAGGGCCUGGGCCAGGGGUCGGUCAACGGCGGCAGCGAGGCGCCGGAGCACCAAGGUCCGGCCAAGUCCUCGGUGACCGUGUCGGGCCAAGAGUCGGCCCCGGGCACCCACGAGCCGCCGCUCUCGGUGCCCGACCUGGUGAACUACUUCCUGGCGCCGGAGAUCCUGGACGAGGAGAACGCCUACUUCUGUGACACGUGCGGCUCGCUGCAGCGGGCCGAGCGGACGAUGGAGGUGGUGGCGGCGCCCGAGUACCUGAUCCUCACGCUGCUGCGCUUCUCCUACGACGCCAAGUGCCACGUGCGCCGCAAGAUCCUGGACAACGUCACCAUGCCGCCGCUGAUGACGCUGCCCUUGCACUCCCCUCCCCCGUCGCCCUCGCCGCACAGACCCGCCGCCGCCGGGGCCUCCUCGUCCCCGCUGUGCGCCAUCGCUCCGCCGUCGCCCGCUGCGCUCCAAGUGGACUCCCCGGAGAGCAGCGAGAACCUGGCCAAAAAACUGAAACCCUCCCACAAAGAGGAGGAGGAGAAGGAGCAGCAGGAGGAGGAGGUGGAGGUGGUGGAGGGGGAGGAGGAGGAGGAGGGGGAGCAGGAGGUGACCGGGGGGACGGACUGCGCGGAGCAGAUGGAGGGGUACGGGAGGAGGGUCAGCCUGGUGCCCUACGUGCUGAGCUCCGUGGUCAUGCACUCGGGGACGUCCUCGGAGAGCGGCCACUACUACUCGUACGGCCGCAGCCUCGGCGGGAAGCAGCGUCCGGAGGCGGGGCCGGAGGCGGGGCCCGGGAGCGCCGCCGCCGCCGCCCUGACGAGGCCGCAGUCCACGCAGUCGGAGGCGUGGCCGGGCGGCGCCGGGGUGCCGAGGGACUGGAUGCUGUUCAACGACAGCCGGGUGUCCUUCACCUCCUUCCAGUCGGUGCAGAACGUGACGGAUCGCUUCCCCAAGGACACGGCGUACGUGCUCGUCUACAGGAAGCAGGAGGCCAGCGCGCCGGGCGCCGCCAAGGGAGGAAUGCCCAACGGGAUGAGCCUGAGCGCCGAGCCCCCCCUGCAGAAGGAGCUGCUGGACGCCAUCACGAAAGACAACAAGCUGUACUUACAGGAACAGGAGCUGAACGCCCGAGCCCAGGCACUCCAGGCUUCCUCGGCCUCCGGCUCCUUCAGGCACAACGGCUCCGACGACAACGACCCCCCGGGAAGCUGCGGACCCUCGGGUGGAGGGGGAGGUGGAGGGGGCUUCAACACCGUCAGCAGACUGGUCUUCUGAACACUGAGGAAGCGGUCUGAAAGAGAGAGAGAGAGAGGCUUGUGUAGUAGAAGAACUGCCACCGCUGACUUACAAACUAAUGGAGAACGCUAAUGGGUCCGAGACUACUGGGGUUUCCCUCUUGUAUCAUAAAGUGUGUAUUAAGGACUAAUGUUUCAACCCAUGGAAUCACGUGGGUGGCUGGCGCAUAAAGUGUUAUCAAAAUCGGAGGAACUUUUAUUGACAAUGUUGUUUUUUUUGGACGAAUUAAGAAUCUCUGCUUACACUGGCGUGCGUGUGCGUGUGCGUGUGGGAGUUGGAGUGGGGGAAUGGGGAAGGGAUGGGUUGGAAAGAUAAUGAAUAUGCUUUCUGAUCCGCUUUUUGCAAAAAACAAAAAUAAGAUCUUUAACCAAAAUGAAUUUGAGUUAUGGAAAAAAUACAAAUUACAUUUGUCUAUUAAAAUACAUUUGUCCUUUUACAUUUUGUUUGACUUUAAUGCCAAAGUAUAUAAGUCAAGUCAGCUGAUUUUUCUUAUCCAGUAAGGAUCUCAAUACAUCAUCCAGUGUGUCUGUGUAUUCUUUGUCAUAAUGCUAUAAUGAGCACUCACGCAAACUCCCACACUCUUGCGUUUCAGAAAACCGCUGAAUAUGGACAAUGUUAAAUUGUCCUUGCUCUUAGAUUGUGAUUGCUCUGUAUCCAUAAUUCUACGAUCUUUUUCUUAAGGUGAACUUUUAUUGACUAUGCUACUACGCAUGUUUUAUACUUUAUGCAAUAAUUGUAUUCAUAAUUUUGAAUAAUAUUCUAAGUUAUAACAGGAAGUUCUCUGUGGAUAUUAUGUGGUACACUGCUCAUUUACGGAAACAUGUCAUUUUCAAUACAAAAAUAGCAACAACAAAAAAAGCUUUUAAAACCAUAUUUGGUUGAUGGAGUGUACAGAAAAGUAAAAUGCAUGUAGAUUAUUUGAGAUUAAAAUCUUUACUGCUGUUCAACUUUAA